AUAAGUACAUGUCCUCAACAAAUCCUAUAGGCUAUAUUUAACACACCGUUACUUGAGCGUCCAAAAACUAGUCGGCCGCCGGCCUCCGAUGAAACGGGUGACGGAGAAAAAUUUUACAAAUAAAUAUUUAAUAAAAUUGCUAAAUAAACAAUAAGGAAAUGGAAGAGAGCAAUUUGUACGACAUAAAUCUUAUUACAGCAGAAGAUGCUGAGGCGGUUAUGUCGUUGGUUAAAAGGACAUUUUAUAUCGAUGAACCCUUGAAUCAAGCUGUGGGGUUGUGUACUUCGGAGUCAGACCCUUGUCACGAACUCGACGAUUACUGCUCCAGUUCACUUCUAAGUGGACUAUCCUUCAAAGCUAUCGAUCACGAGGGAAAUGUUAUCGGUGCUAUGAUCAAUGGAGUAUGUCCUUUAAAAAUGGAUGACGAGAUAUUUAAUCAAGCACAACAUUGCAAAAAUCCCAAGUUUCAAAGAAUAUUAUACGUAUUAGCACAGAGAGAAAAUGGCGCGAAACUGUGGGAGAAAUUUCCGAACGACAACGAAAUUGUUGAAAUAAAAGUCGCUGCUACAGAUCCGAAAUGGAGAAAGAAAGGCAUUAUGAAAGCAUUGAUAGACAAAACGGAAAAAGCCGUAAAGCAGAAGAAUAUUAGAUUGCUAAGAUUAGAUACUUCCAGCGCGUAUUCAGCCAUGGCUGCCGAGAGGUACGGGUAUACUUGUUAUUAUAAAGCAUUAUAUAAAGAUAUCAAGAUGAACGGACAACCUCUCAUAGUGCCCGAACCACCUCACUUAGAUGACAGAGUUUAUGUUAAAGAAAUAUAUUCUUAAGGAUUAUCAA